CUUCACUCACUGACCUCGGCCUGAACGGGUCACACACACACACACACACACACCAGAGGAGCAUCUUCAGGUUCCAGCAUCGACGGGUAUUCUGCAACAGGUGAAUUAACCAUCGGCUGCAGGACAGAGGUUGUCAUGAGGGCGGUGUGUGUGAUCAUCUUGGCCUCUCUGACGGUCCUCCAGUGUCAGGAUCUGCCGGGCGAGAGCGACCCGUCUCUGGAUGAACUCUUCCAGCGCGCCGAGACUCUCCUCAUCCGCUCAAUCCUCACUCAGAUGGAGGACGAGAACAACGACAACGGAGAGCAGCUCGAGUCCCCGACAGACCGGAUGGAGAAGAGGCAACACCCGGGAAAGCGUCAGCAUCCCGGCAAGCGCGAGGACUACGCGGACUACGAAGACGACGCUCCAGUUUUCCAGAAGAGACAGCAUCCCGGCAAGCGCGAGGACGAGGAGAGCGCGAGGCUGAGACGACAGCAUCCCGGGAAAAGACUAUCCCUAGACGAGCCGAUGAUCCUGGAGGAACCGAGCGUGCAGACCGAGCUCUCCAAGCGACAGCAUCCCGGGAAACGGUACCUGAUGCUGCUCCACAAGCGACAGCACCCCGGCCGGCGCGAGCUACAGCACGACGGAGACUUUUCGGAGCUGGAGAAGCGUCAGCAUCCCGGGAAGAGACUGUGUGAGGACUGGGAUGAGCCGGGAUGCGGGCAAGCUAGUAUCCUACUCGAGCUUCUGGAUAACGCCAACAAAAGUCGCGCUGAGGAGAAGCGACAGCAUCCCGGGAAACGCUUCGAGUUAGAGGCCGAUCUGACGGAACAAGAGUAACUGUGUG